AUGGGCCUCCAGAGCACCAAACACUCCAAAGUCAAGCAAGCUAACAUACUGAUCUUAGGACUUGAUUAUGCGGGAAAAUCUACACUGUUGUACAAGUUCAAGUAUAACGAUGUUUUUCUAACAAUUCCAACAGUUGGUUUUAAUGUUGAUAUGAUUGAAACAGAGAAAGAUUUUACACUGACGUUUUGGGAUGUUGGAGGACAACAGAAAAUGAGAAAAGUUUGGUGCAAUUUCCUGGAAAACACCGACGGACUGCUGUACGUUGUGGACAGCUCUGAUAAGCAACGUCUGGAGGAAUCAAAGAAAGAAUUUGAAAUCAUUUUAAAGAAUGAAUUUAUAAAAAGCGUACCAGUUGUCGUGCUAGCAAACAAGCAGGAUUUGCCUGGAGCUUUGAACGCUGAGGAAAUAACCAGGAGACUGAAGAUGAAGAAAUACUGCAGUGACAGAAAUUGGUAUGUACAACCCUGUUGUGCUAUCACAGGAGAAGGUUUGUCAGAAGCUCUCCAAAGACUAACCACAUUUGCAAAACACUACAGCAGAUCAAAGGAGACUUCUACAAUCUUCAAGGAAAUCAAAACACUUUAA